GUCGCGAGACAAUCACCACGGACGCCACGCAUCGCUUCAGCAGCUAACGUCAUUCAGAGCGCGCGAGGUCACGUCCGUCAGUUCACUAGGAUGUUGUUGUCCCGUGUGGUUCGCGCGCUCAGACAGACGCCGCGGCCCGUGCUCGUGCUCUUCACUAAGGAGCCCUGUCCUCUGUGUGAUGAAGCCAAAGCAGCGCUGGAGCCAUACAGACACAGGUUUGAGCUGCAGGAGGUGGACAUCAGUCUCCCGGAGAACAGCGUCUGGUUCCACAGAUACAGACACCACAUCCCUGUCUUUCAUCUGAACGGACAGUUCCUGAUGAUGCAUCGAGUGAACACGGCUCUCCUUCAGAAGCGUCUGGAUCAAGCCACCGAAGGAGAUCCGUAACAUCAGACACAGUUCUGCUUUCAGUUAAUAAAGCUGAGCUGCCACACA